UUUAUUGUCGUUACUUCUUAUUAAUACUGUUGUUUUAACUAAUAGUUAUUAAUCUUUCUGCAUCAAAAAAAAAAAAAACAAAAGUAACUUGUUAUUCAUGUUUGACCUUUCAGGCUUUCAGCCACUUGUUCCUGAUCUGCUUCGGCUUAUGAGCUUCCAAACCAAAGCGAACUUCCUUCCCCAAACAGCGAAUGCCCGAGAUUCUUCAGCUUUGUGUUCGUAAAUGGAUGUCAAUGGAAAUUCUAACGCUGCUGUAGAGUCCCAAUUGGGCGGUCGCAUCAAGCUCAACGUCGGCGGCAAGCUAUUCGAAACCACCGUAUCCACGAUCCAAGCCGGCGGCCCAGACUCUCUCCUCGCCGUCCUUUCCGCCCGCCCCAACCCCCAUAAUCCGGUUUUCAUCGACCGCGAUCCGGAGAUCUUCUCCGUCCUCCUCUCCCUCCUCCGCUCCGACCGCCUCCCCUCCGCCGCCAGCCGUUUCUCCAAGCAAGAGCUCGCUGACGAAGCCCUCUACUACGGCAUCGAGUCCCGCCUCAGAUCCGCCUUGUCCCCGCCUCCCUUCACCGGCAUCGAUGCCUCCGUCGUCACCACCAUUCGUCCGGCCGCCGACGGCCUUCCCUCCGCCUUCACCGCCUUCGCCGCCGACGGAUCCGUUUGGAUUGCCCACGGCGGUCAGAUCUCCAGCUACGAUUGGAACCUGACGCACGCCGGAACCAUCCGGACUCACCUCGAGGACAUCACCUCCAUCCGCCGCGUCUGGCCGGAAGUCGCCGCCAUCGGAUCGGACGCCGCCGCCGGACUUCACUUCUACGACAUCUCCGGCGGCCGCCACGUCGGUUCGGCUCACUGGACCGAUUCGUCGGACCCGCGGAUCUACAGGGCCCGAGUUACCGCCAUCGCCGAUUCAUCAAGCUCCGUCUUCGCCUCCUUCGAGUGCAAACAUAGAGAGAACUGCAUCCUGGCGAUCGACAAAUCGACGCUGCAGAUCGCGUCAGAGAUCGGUCGUCAAUCCGGCGGUUCUGCGAAGACCUUGGUCGCCGGGAAACUGACGUACCUACCGGAAUCCGGCGCCAUCGCGAGUACCGCCGUCACGUGUGGCGCGUUUGGAUACUCCGGGUACAUCCGACUGUGGGACCCGAGAUCCGGCGAGGUGGUUUGGGAGACGAUAGAGCCCGGGUCGGGGCGAAGCAGCAGGUUUGGGGACUCGUUCGCAGACGCGGACAUUGACGUGGACGGGUCGACCCUUUUCAAGGUGUGCUCCAAAUCGGGCGACUUGGCGGUGGCGGAUCUCCGUAAUUUGGGGGAGGAUCCAUGGGUAUAUUUGAAAGAUAAGAACCCGAGUUUGAGAAAUACGGGUGGAGGGGGUAGCUGCGUUUUGCAUUGUUACAAGAAGCAAGUGUUUGUGGGGAGAGAGGGGGGAUUGGAGGUUUGGUCUAGGGUUGAGGAGAGAGAAACAGAAGGGGAAGAGAGAGAAAGUGGGUUUUGUGAGGGUUCAUAUAGGAGGAACUAUGUGGAUAAGGUGCAAGAUAGUGAACGAGGGGUUAUAAGGAAAAUGGAAGGUGGUGGGAAUAGGCUAUUUGUGAGCCGACAAAAUGUGGAGGGCAUUGAGGUGUGGGAAAGCUCCCAUCUUUCGGGUGUGAUUUCAGUUUUGUGAUGUAAAAUUCUUUCGAAGAUUUGUGAGAGAGAGCAAUUGGCACAUACGAAUUGACUAGUCACUUCUUGCGGAUUUUCAAAACUUUACGCUAUGUAAAAUUAGGAGGCACAUGAAAUGGAUGCCUGAGUUAUUAUGCAUAUCAUGAGCAUAUGAAUAUAUAUUAUGUUGUGAAUGAGGAAUCUAUUUGCAUCAAGUUGUAGGCUAGUGAUGCUUUUGAUGUUGGUUAGAAGACAAUAAGUCAAGAACCCAAAAUGAUUCCUCUAACCCUACAAACGUUUGGAACAUGUUCAAUUGUAUGGUACCCAACUUUGUCAACUUAUAUAUUCGAAUUUAUUUAUGUUUGAAGCAA